UUGUUUAAUGAAUUGAUAUAUAAAUAUAUAUUACGAAGUUCUCUAAACAUGAAUACUGUAAGAUCGAUAGUUAUACAAUGGCUUCACAGAAAAUAUUUACAAAGAAUUCAGGUUCAUAAUACUUUAUAUCUUUCGGUAAUUCCAUGGAAGCAACAGCUAAGAUUUUAUGCAGAUUAUCCAAUCCAUGUAAAAGUACAAUUUCCUGCAUUAUCAUCUACUAUGGAAACAGGUACCAUUGUCAGUUGGCUCAAAAAGGAAGGUGAUAAAUUAAAUAAAGGUGAUUUACUUGCUAAAAUUAAAACUGGUGAAGCAAUAAUAAUCUUUGAAACACCAGAAGAAGGGUACUUAGCAAAGAUUCUAAUACCUGCAGGAACAAAAAAUGUUUGUACUGGCAAAUUAAUUUGUAUAAUCGUGUCAGAUGAAGAUAGUAUUGCUGCCUUCAAAGAUUUUAAAGAUUCUCUAUCUCCAACUGUUUCUGUUCCAAGAUUAAUUGCCUCUACCCCAACAUUACCUUCUGUCCAAAAACCACUGCCCAUAGUGUCAUUCUUCAUCGCUGCCGGGGCUUUCGUCAUUUUUCUUUUUUGGUCUGUGAUCUUUAGCAUCAAAAAUAUAUUCAAAUCCUUGAUUCCAUUGAAAUACAAAAUGAAAAGUAUCACCGGGGAAAUCAUUCUGGUGACUGGUGGUGCUGGUGGUAUAGGAAGGCUUAUCAGCCUCAUGUUGGCCAAUCUUGGUGCUAUCGUUGUCAUUUGGGAUAUUAAUAAGACUGGUAUGGAAGAGACUGUCAGAUUGGCGAAGACCGCGGGUGGUAUUUGUUACGGUUACGUUUGCGAUUUAUGCGACAAGGAAGAUAUUUACAAAAAAGCGGAAUUAGUUAAAAAAGAAGUUGGGAAGGUGACUAUUUUAAUAAAUAACGCCGGUGUGGGGCACGGAUUCAAAUUCUUAGAUGCGACGGACGAACUUCUUAAACGAACAAUGGACGUGAACGUGAUGAGUCACUUCUGGACGACGAAAGCGUUCUUACCUUCGAUGCUGGAAGAUAACAAAGGUCAUAUUGUAAGUAUCGCAAGUUUAGCUGGAUUUGUAGGAGUACCGCAUUUUGUGGAUUAUUGCACCUCGAAAUUCGCUAUAAUCGGAUUCGAAGAAGCUCUACAUAUGGAGUUAAUUGGUGAUGGAUAUGAUAUCAAUAUGACCGUGAUAUGUCCGUUUUUCAUUCAAAGUACUGGCAUGUACAGUGAAGUUCGUCCUAAAUUUUUACCGAGGCUUUUGCCGAAUAAAGUGGCGGAUCGAAUAGUAACUGCUUUGAGAUGCAAUGAAAAACUCGUUAUAAUUCCUGGUUACAUACGCUUUCUCCUUGCUGCAAAAUGGUUUUUGCCAUGGCCUAGCGUAGUUAUGUUUAUACAAAAUUUAUUGAAUAACACACCAAAUACAUCAAACAUUACUAAAAAAGAAAAAAUUACUCCAGGAAUGGUAACCAAAGAUCCAGACAUCUCAGCUAUUCAUCAACAAUUAACCAAACGUAUCUCCAGUUCAAAAAGAAAACUUUAAUCAUUUUAUAAUCGACAACUUCGCAAUCCAACUAUUUUUGAUUAGCUUUUUCCCAAUCUGAAUAAAUAACGUGCAGCUGUAUGCGAGAGUUAUGAAGAGAAUAUUUAAUGUAUGUUAUAUAUAGUAAUAAUAUGUUACUAUAAUAUUACUAUAAUAUUGAGACUGAAGUUUUAAAGUUUAGAGUUUGUUAUACAAGAUAAAUCUUAAGAAACGAAGGUAGAUAUUUUUAGAAUUAAUAUUGGAAUGUCAAUAGUGAUAGAAGUUAAGUAAAAUAUGAGUUUGUAAUCAAAAUCUUAUUAUUUAUUAUUUAUUUAUAAGUACUAUAUUGUAUCUUCUGAAAAAAAAUAUUUUGCUAAUUAAUCAUUAAUCGAGACA